ACCUCACUCCUUGCAUUUCUUGGGCUGUGAGCGGUGCUGUCCACCAAAUGGGGGGUUGGACCACUCUGCUUGAAUCCUCUUCAUACCUCUGUUCUGAAGCUCUAUCUUUCCUUGUGCUGAGGGCAAGCCUGUUACCAUCUCCUCUCUUUUCUCAUUCUUUGUCGUGUGCUGCCUGCACUUAGCCCACUCUUCCCCUUAUUGAGAAGCCUAUGAUUUUAGGCCAUGAGAGGAACCUCUGCCGAGAACAGUAGAUGUUCUACUGGCUGGGACACCUUCUCCAAGCAGUGUGGUGACAGGGGGAGGAAUGGCGGAUGGAAAUCCACAGACCCCUUUUUGUUUCUGCCUCAGGGAACGUUUGAAAUGUUUAACCUGGAUUGGAAGGUUGGAGGCACCAUGAAGAUCAAAGGCCAUAUAUCUGAGGAUGCUGAUAGGUUUGCCAUCAAUCUCGGCUGCAAAUCCUCGGAUCUGGCGCUUCACUUCAACCCCCGUUUCAAAGAGUCUGUCAUCGUCUGCAACUCCUUGUGCUCUGACAACUGGCAGCAGGAGCAACGCAGUAAACAUUUCUGUUUCCACAAGGGCUCCACUGUCAAGAUCAUCAUUGAAUUCCGGGGAGACAAAUUUGUGGUGAAACUACCAGAUGGGCAUGAAGUGGAGUUCCCCAACCGGCAUGGCUAUGACAAGAUCAGCUACUUGAACAUUCAUGGAGGAUUCAAGGUCACCUCCUUCAAGGUGGAGUGAUGAGUUCCGUUUCCUAGUGCUAAUAAAAACCCAGCUGGGACUGCUUGCUCCAGCUGCUCUGGCUUCUG